AUGGAGCUGUCAAUAAGCGAAUCCCGCCCGUCUCUCCCCAUACAAUUUCUGGAGCUCUCCCGUCUUUCAUCAACCAACCAACCAAGCUACGUGUCCAUCCUCCAAGCCGCCACGUCAUUUCUCUCUAUUUUUUUUAAAAUCCUCUUUGGCAAAUCCCUUUCGGCUUUGACAUCUCGUGUACCACGGCAUCGCAUCCAGCCUCGCUCCCGCCCCCUAAUGUCUGAUCCCACCUCGUACAAACGGCGAAAGGAGGACUUUGUGUCCAACCUAUCCGGCGGGCCCGUGUCCGAGAUCAACAAUGUCACGGCUGUUGCGCUGAUUGCCGUGCUGUUGUGGUCUGCCUUGCAGAGCCGUCACUCCUUCUUCCAGCCUGUCAGCCCGCUCGGCCACCUCGUCGACUAUGGCCUCAACGUUUGCGCCAUCCUGCUCGCCACCACCCUCUACUCGAAGUCGCCUCUGCUGCUUUGCAUCUUCCUCGCCACCCCCGUGGUCCUCGUCUACAUGCUGCCGCCCUCGGCCCCUAAAAAGAAGAAGCUCGCCGUGCCCCCGCCGACGACGAACCUGACCAAGUCGACCGAGCGGAGCAGGAGCCUGGCGCUCGAUGCCGUACCUGUGAAGCCCUUCCUGACCACGUACCGCGGGUCCAUGCAAAUCAUCACCUACAUUGCCAUCCUCGCCGUCGAUUUUCGCCUAUUCCCCCGCCGCUUCGCCAAGGUUGAGACCUGGGGCACCUCGCUCAUGGACCUCGGCGUCGGCUCCUACGUCUUCACCGCCGGUGUCGUCGCUGCCCGACCGGUCCUCAAGGAGAAGGCGAGCGGACGCACUCUGUCGCCGUUUACACGGCUGCUCCGGUCGCUUCGUCAUUCGGUGCCCUUGCUGACGCUCGGCUUCGUUCGCUUCCUGAGCGUCAAAGGUCUCGAGUAUGCCGAACACACGACGGAAUAUGGAGUGCAUUGGAAUUUCUUCUUCACACUGGGCUUCCUGCCACCAUUUGUGGCUCUCUUCCAGGAAAUCCUGCGAUUCAUUCCCUCCUACGCAGCGCUGUCCAUGUUAGUGUCGGGCUUGUACGAGCUUACUCUCAACAAUACGGCGCUCAGGGCAUACAUCCUGACCGCUCCCCGUGUCGACCUUAUUUCGAUGAACCGGGAGGGAAUCUUUAGCUUCAUCGGGUAUCUGGCCAUCUUCCUCGCUGGCCAAGAUUUGGGCAUGUUUGUGCUCCCACGUAAGGUGAAUCCGCGUAGCGAUGCUCGCGCCGGCGUGCAGCGCAACACGUUGCUCAUGACCAUGGCCGUGUGGGCGGGUAUUUGGGUUCUUCUGUACAACCUGUCUACGAGCUACUCGUACGGAUUAGGCUUGACCGUGUCGAGACGCAUCGCAAACCUGCCAUACGUGCUCUGGGUCGCAGCAUUCAACUCGGUGUUUGUACUCGGGUACUGCCUGAUUGACACUGUGUUUUUCCCUGCGUUUUACAACGCAACCGACAAGAGGUCGGAGAAGGAGGCCUACGAGUUUGCCACUAGCAAGCUCAUGCGGGCUUUCAAUCGUAACGGCCUGGGCCUGUUCCUUGCCGCCAACCUCCUGACCGGACUGGUCAACUUGACGGUUCCAACACUGGACGUCCCCCCAGCGGUAGCCAUGGCUAUUUUACUGGCCUACACUGGCGUUCUGAGUAUACUAGCAAUUGUGCUGGACAACUACAACAUCUCCAUUAAGCUAUAG